AUGAAGAUUACGUUGUUGUGUGCUUUGGUGUACGCGGCGACAGCGGUGCCGACCUCCGGGACGAAAUUUUACCCGCGCUACAUUCAAUUCCCAGGGGGUGAUGGCGAGAUGCACCGAGUUGAUUUAGAAGCAGAACCUGAUGUGGAAUUUUUGAAUGAAAUGCAGAGAAAUCCGGCAAAUAAUCAAUAUCUAUUGUUCACGAGACGCAACCGACGUAAUUCUCAAACGCUAAGGAUAAAUGAUGCUAAUUCUAUAAGGAACUCCAACUUCAAUGCGCAACAUCCGACCGUUGUGUCUGUACACGGCUGGCUCAGUAACGAAAAUACCAGAAACAACCCGACUAUUCGUGAUGCUUUUCUGAAUCAAGGCGAAUACAAUGUAAUAAUCAUGGAUUGGAGAAGACUAGCCAUGAGGGAUUAUGUCACCGCGGCUAAUGGUGUACCAGCUAUCGGUCGUGCUUUGGGCCAGUUCCUGAACUUCCUCCACCAGACGACUGGUGCACCAUUCAAUACCAUGCACCUCGUUGGUUUUAGUCUUGGUGCGCACGUUGUGGGGAAUGCUGGAAGGGAACUUAGGGGUCAAGUAGCUCGGAUUACAGGUCUCGAUCCAGCGGGUCCUUUGUGGAACGUCAACAGGAAUCGACUUAGUUCUUCUGACGGCAUUUAUGUAGAAGCGAUCCAUACUGACGGCGGAUACACUAUAGAUGGCCUGGGCAUUGGAAGUCCGAUAGCCGAUGUUGACUUCUUCCCCAACGGCGGCAGGAGCCAGCCAGGAUGUCUCACCAAUUUAUGCAACCAUAACCGAGCUUGGGAACUGUUUGCUGCGACCGUCGCUAGAAACCAUUUGGAGGGUAGACAAUGCUCGUCGAUGUCUCAAGUUAAUUUGAAUACGUGCCGCGGAGGCAGGCUGAAUAUGGGCAACGCUAUUUUGAACAAACGAGGAUCUGGCAUCUACCGUCUCACCACAGGAUCUAGGCAUCCGUUUUAA